CCUUCCCUCCCCUCCUGCUCGGCCCUCCCCUUGCGGUCCUCUGUCCCCUUCAGCCCGGCGUUGCGGCUGCCUCUGGCCGGGCUGCAGUCAGUGCCGUAGAGGAGGAAGAGGAGGAGGAGGAGGCGGAGGAGGCCCAGGCCGGCAGAGGAGAGAGAGAGAGAGCGUGGCCUCCUCUCCGGAUCGCGCUCCUAAUAAAGCCAGCCGGGCGCAGGCAGCCCUGUCUAUUAAUACCGCUCGCUCGCUGCCGCUGCCUCUGCCCCGGGAGCCGGCAGGAUGCCCCGCGUGGACGCCGACCUCAAGCUGGACUUUAAGGACGUGCUGCUCCGGCCCAAGCGCAGCAGCCUCCGGAGCAGAGCCGAGGUUGACCUUAUGCGCACCUUCACAUUCCGUAACUCCAAGCAAAUCUACACAGGGAUCCCCGUUAUUGUAGCAAAUAUGGACACUGUGGGCACUUUUGAAAUGGCACGAGUUAUGACUAAAUAUGCAAUGUUCACCACAAUACACAAACAUUACUCUCUAGAACAGUGGAAGCUGUUUGCAAGCGACCACCCAGAAUGCCUAGAGCAUGUAGCAGUGAGCUCAGGCAGUGGAAUGGCUGACUUCGAGAGACUGGAAAAUAUCAUAGAGGCCAUUCCCCUUAUCAAAUACAUUUGUCUCGAUGUCGCAAAUGGUUAUUCGGAACAUUUUGUGGAAUUUGUGAAAGCUGUCCAUGCCCGAUUCCCGAAGCACACCAUCAUGGCAGGUAAUGUGGUGACAGGAGAAAUGGUGGAAGAACUUCUUCUGGCUGGAGCAGACAUUAUCAAAGUAGGAAUUGGGCCUGGAUCUGUGUGUACUACUCGGAUAAAAACUGGAGUGGGUUAUCCACAGUUGAGUGCGGUGAUUGAAUGUGCAGACUCUGCCCACGGACUGAAUGGGCAUAUUAUCUCAGAUGGGGGAUGUAGCUGUCCAGGAGAUGUUGCCAAGGCUUUUGGAGCUGGUGCCGACUUUGUGAUGCUCGGGGGCAUGUUUGCAGGGCAUGAUCAGUGUGCGGGGGAGGUCAUUGAAAAAAACGGCAAGAAAAUGAAGCUCUUCUAUGGGAUGAGCUCCGACACAGCAAUGAAGAAACAUGCGGGAGGUGUUGCAGAAUACAGAGCUUCAGAGGGCAAAACCGUGGAAGUGCCUUACAGAGGGGACGUGGAAGACACCAUCCGUGAUAUCCUGGGUGGACUGCGAUCUACCUGUACCUACGUGGGAGCUGCCAAGCUGAAAGAGCUUAGUCGAAGGACAACUUUUAUUCGAGUCACUCAGCAGCACAACCAAGUCUUCUCUUAAGCCAAAGAGGAAAAUACCAGGAGCUUGGAGUUCCGAUACAUGCUGGCUUUUCCCUUUUUAUUUUCAGGUUGGGUUUUUUUUUUUGCAAUGCAGCUUCCUGUUGGUGUACUCCUAAGAAAGUGGGGUAAUAAUUCACCAUUAUUUAUUAUGGUGGUUGGAAAAAGCCUCAGGAGGACAAGUAAUAAACUGCAUCUGUGCUCAUGAUAAUUUUUGUUGUUCAAAAUACAACGGCACUGUCAUAUUGUGGCCUUGCUUAUUUAAAUGAGAAAUCUAGUUUGAUGAUCCAUGAAAAUCUCCUCUCUAGUGUUAUAACUAUCUGCCUGUUGGGACAAUUCCUGUUAUCAUUUAUAAGCAAAUCUACCCAGGUUUUGACAUUGGCAUGACCAGUCUCAGCUGUUCUUGCAACAUGGCAUGGAAGUCAGAAGAAGAGGAAGCCAAGUUUGAAAAAUGGAAGAUGCUCACUGCAGGGAUAUGAUGCCCAGCAAGCCGGCUCUAGAAGUAAAAGAUGCUGCUUUGUUUUCACUGUGACAUUAAGUGCUUGGAUUUUUAAGAUAUGUGCUAUGUUCUGAAAACUACUGAUUAAAUGGCUAUAUUAA